GAAGGGCGGCAAAGAGGGACCUGAUUAGAGCAGGAGUAGGGUCAGGAGCGGGUGUCACCGAUGGGGCGGGGGGACACGCGUGGGUGCGGGCAGUGGGUGUGUGGGGGCGGAAAGGGGCAGAUGGGCGGUCACGAGUGGGAUAUGGGGUAGAAGUGUGGUCAUGAUGGGGGACAGGAAUGAGGGGACACGGGGCAAGAGUGGGGUCACGACUGGGUGGGGGCUGAUACGGGACGGACGCGGAGCCGGUGGGUGCCGCAGCCCCUCGGUGGCGACGUCCGGGGAUCCCAGAUCCUGCCGAGACUGGUCCCGGUCCCGGUGCCCUCCCAUCCCUCUGCUCCCGCGUCUCCUCCCCCUUCCUGCGCUCGGCGCUUCCCGGCGGAGCGGGGCCGCCGCGGGGACCGGCCGCGCCCGCCGCCGCUAUGGAGUGAACGAGGGGCCGCGGGGACCGGCCGGACCGGCCGCCCCCCGCCCGCGGCUGCUCUCGCCAGGUGACUGUUCCAAGAUGUCCCUGUGGAACCUCGUGUCCCACAUGCCACCAGAGGAGUUCAGCAGCCUCUCCACGGAGUUUCCCCGGAGUCUGCGCUGUCUCCUGGCCGAGUGGCUGGAGAACCAGCCUUGGGAGUUCAUCAAUGGCUCAGACGCCUUCUGCAGCAGCAUGGCCAGCAGGAUGCUCUCGGACAUGCUGGAUAAACUCCGCAGCGCUGCCAGCAGCGAUGGGCAGCAGUGCCAGAUCCUGCAGCAAGUCAGCAACAUCGAGAACACCUUCCGCCGGGACCCGCUGCGGCUGGUGGCUGUCGUGAGAGCCAUCCUGGAGGGUGAAAAAGCAGCCGUGCUCAAACGGCACCACCACCUGCCCCUCAGCUUCCACCGGCGGCAGGAGGAGCUGAAGUUCAGCCUGGGGCUGCAGCGGCUGCAGCACCGAGUCCGGGAGAUCCAGGCGCUGCAGGAGGAGGGCUCAGGGCGGGACGGGGCUGUGCAGAGCCCCGUGGCUCCCAGGGAACUGCCCACCCUCAUCCUGGAGGCUGUGAAGGAGCUGGAGGCGGCCAAACAGCAGGUCCUGAAGAGGAUCCAGAUUUGGAAGAGACAACAGCAGCUGGCAGGGAAUGGGGCCAUCUUUGAGGAGAAUCUGGCACCGCUGCAGAAGAGGUGUGAGAACCUGGUCGAGGUUUACUUCCAGCUGCAGCAGCAGGUGAUGGCAGCGAGCACAGAGCUGGGGCCUGAGCUGCUGCCCCGGCUCCUGGAGCGCUUCAAGGAGGUGUUGUCCGGCCUGGUCAAGAGCUCCUUCCUGGUGGAGAAGCAGCCCCCACAGGUGCUGAAGACCCAGACCAAGUUCCAGGCGAGUGUCCGGUUCCUGCUGGGCCCGCGGCUGCUGAAGGCAGCGCCCAAGCCCUACAUGGUGAGGGCUGACAUGGUGACAGAGAAGCAGGCACGGGAGCUGGAGCUCAGCAACUACAGCAACACCCUCAGCGAGAGCACGGGGGAGAUCUUGCACAACACGGUGGCCCUGGAGACCAACCCCACCAGCGGGAACUGCUGCGCCAACUUCAAAAAUGUGCUGCUGAAGAAGAUCAAGCGCUGCGAGCGGAAGGGCUCAGAGUCAGUGACAGAGGAGAAAUGUGCCGUCCUGUUCAGCACCAAUGUCACCUUGACCCCCAGCAACGUCUCCAUCCACCUCCAGGUCCUGUCUCUGCCCAUUGUGGUCAUCGUCCAUGGGAACCAGGACAACAAUGCCAAAGCCACCGUGCUGUGGGAUAAUGCCUUCUCUGACAUUGACCGGGUGCCCUUCGUGGUGGCCGAGCGGGUGCCGUGGGACAAGAUGUGUGACACCCUGAACCUGAAGUUCAUGGCAGAGGUGCAGACCACCAAGGGGCUCCUCAAGGAGCACUACUUCUUCCUGGCCCAGAAGAUCUUCAAUGACCACAGCGCCAGCCCCGAGGAUUUCCAGAGCCGCCAUGUCUCCUGGGCCCAGUUCAACAAGGAGAUCCUCCCUGGCCGGGGGUUCACCUUCUGGCAGUGGUUUGAUGGAGUCCUGGACCUCACCAAGAGAUGCCUCAAAAGUUACUGGUCAGACAGGCUCAUCAUGGGCUUCAUCAGCAAGCAGUAUGUGUGCAAGCUGCUGAGCAUGCAGCCGGACGGGACCUUCCUGCUGCGCUUCAGCGACUCCGAGAUCGGCGGCGUCACCAUCGCCUACGUCAUGCGGGGCAAGGACGGCUCCAGCCAGGUGGAAAACAUCCAGCCCUUCUCUGCCAAGGAUCUGUCCAUCCGCUCCCUCGGCGACCGCAUCCGGGACCUGGGGCAGCUCCGUAACCUGUACCCCAACAUCCCCAAGGACCAGGCGUUUGGGAGUCACUACAACAAAGAGCAGACUGGCAAGGACGGCCGGGGCUACGUCUCCACUGCCAUCAAGAUGACUGUGGAAAGUGAAAGGGACCAGCAGCCUCCAAGCACCAUGGGGGCCCCCCCCGAGGCCCCCCAGGCACCAAUGUUCAACCUGCCCAUGCUGCAGCACGAGCUGCACUCUGAGAAUCUGCAGCCACUGCUGCCCCCCAUCUGCCCCUCCACUCCAUUCUGCCCCCAGCCCAUGCCCACGGGCUACCCCACGGUUGAGAGCAACAUCAUGAUGGUACCCGACAGGCUCACUCCCCCCUUCCACAGCCCAUCACCGAUUCUCUCGCCUCCCUCGCUGUCCCACUGCCAGGACCCUGCCUUCAGGCCCCCCGGACCCUUCAUGCCCAACCAGUACAUGCCCGGGGAGGUCUCGCAGCUGCUGCCCGCGGGUCCCUCUGCGGAGCCGCAGGACGAAGAGAUGCCCGAGCUGCCCCCGUUCCAGCCCGUGGAGGAAGCGCCGCUGCAGAGCCCUCCUCGGUGGAUGUCGCCCAACAUGGAUCAACCAUCAGCCUCGGAGUUGGAGCAGCUCCUGGGGGUGCCCCUGGUGCCCCCCUUCGCGCCCCUCCCGCAGCACAGCGGGUACCCCAAUUCCAGCCUGUCCUCCUGGGGGCUGGGGGAGGCGCGGUGGGAUGACAGCAUCCGGCCGGGACACGCGUGAGGGGGCUCUUGUGGCGGGGGACAUCGGACUGGGACCCCCCCCCUCCACUCCCUCCCAGCCUUGCCUGGGUUCGUGGACUUGAUCCGACUCCUGCAGGAGUGGAAACUCCAGCUGGGAAAGGCGGGGUUGGGGGGAUUUGGGGUAACCCCCCGUCCCCCCCAUCUCCGUGCAUUGCUGGCCGCCCCCGCCGCUGCCGGGGGUCCGCGGGUGAGGGGGUGCAGGCGCAGGGGCCCCGUCCUGCGUGGGGGGCACCGGCAGCCGCACGCGGUGCCCCCAGCCCACGCCGCCGGGAUGAGUCACCGCGGGGGCGGGAGGCGGCAGCGCGAACGGCGCCGGGGCGGAGGUGCCAGCCCGGUGCCCCCAGCUGGGGGGGGAUACCGGGACCCCCAUGGAGGGGGACACGGCCCCCCUGCACCCCCGCAAUCAGCGCUUGCUUUGGGGUUUUGAGCUGUUCCUCACCCCCAC